AUGCUUGAUGCACAUGCAGACGACUUCCAAGACAUCACUUUCGAGGAUCUUGAAAAGGGUUCAUCAAAUGAUGAUUUGAGCCAGAAGUCUUUUAAGAUGAAGGAAUUUACGAAAGAGAUGGCUGUCGGAAAUGCCACCAGCCCGAAACAGCUCAAGACGCUUGAACUAAGGCCACCAACAAAAUCCUCAACAUACGAAGUUGACGCAGUAAGCGAGGAUAUGGCUCCUCUGGAACGCCCGCACAAGUCUGAUUCACCUCAGGCAUCAUCCCUAGAAGGAAGUCCUGUCAAAUUCGGUUCUAGGGAUCAUUCAAAGCUCACAUCAAAUGUAUCAAAGGAUGACCAAUUUGAGUGGGACAAUGAUAAUCAAAUAUCUGACGAUGAUGAUUUUGAUAAUACGCAAGAUGAACUAUUUGAAGAGGUUGCUGGAACUCAUUCUCUGCUACCUUCACCUCCUCCCGAGUCGACGAGUUUACGACGCUCUAAACGAACUCGAGUGAAGCCACUAGACUUCUGGAGAAACGAACGAAUAGUUUACACUCGUGCAGAUGAAGGCUUCAUCUCAGAGAAAGAUAAUACACUUAUCAACGACUUGAAGAAAAUUCCUCUACAAGAAAUUACCGAAAUUAUACAUGUUAAGGACACAGACCCAAAACCAAAGAAGCGAAAGAUGACACGAAAAUCACAGAAAAAGGGUGAAACCGUUAAAAAGGACGAAAGUCUAGAUCCCUUGUGGUUCAAUGAGGGUGUGAAGGAAGUAGAAGUUUUCCUUGAUGACGAUACAAGUGCUAAGCAGGAAGUUGCAUGGACAGCUACUGGGGUGUCCUUCAGGGACACAGGCGACAAUGACAAGACAGAAUACUUUCUGGCAGCUCCACUAUUCAGGUCAUCAAAAGGGUCAAUUUCCUCUGGACUCAUCAACUUGCCAGAAAACGGUUACAAAAGCCUUAGAAGCUCCAACGAUAUGACGUGCAUAUUUCAUGUGACGCAAGGGCGCAUCGAAGUGGAGCUCAAUCAAGAUCGUUUCGUUGUUUUAACGGGCUGUUCCUUCAUUGUUCCCAAUUCAAACAUCUAUAGUUUGAGAAACGUCGGUCAAGAGAGUGCCACAUUAUUUUUUGUUCAAUGCAGAGAAUGA